ACAUCAAUCACAUUACCAUUUGCAUCUUCCUCUUCCACCUCUGCCGCCUACUGAGCAUACGAGGGUUUUUGCGGUUGCUCUUGAAACAUCUAGCUGCCCAGCCAAAAUGGUUCUCCAAAACGAUGUCGAUUUGUUGAAUCCUCCAGCUGAGCUUGAGAAGAAGAAGCAUAAGCUCAAGCGUCUCGUUCAGUCCCCCAACUCUUUCUUCAUGGAUGUCAAAUGUCAAGGCUGCUUCAACAUAACAACUGUGUUUAGCCACUCUCAAACUGUGGUUGUGUGUGGUAACUGUCAACUGUUCUUGCCAGCCGACGGAGGUCGAGCUAGACUCACCGAGGGAUGCUCCUUCAGGAAGAGGGAGACUGAUUUGCUACACGAAUUGGUCUGAACGUGGUUCAUCUUGUUUUUUUGCUUCAAGAUAAGUUAGCUUAUUGUAGUAAGUUCAAGGAUUUGAUUCUAAGCUUGUUACUCUGGUUUGAUCAAGUAAUGAUCUGAGUUGCAUUUUGAUU